AUGAGCUCCUAUCUGGAGUACGUGUCUCGUGGGGGCGGCGGCGACGUGCUCAGCUUCGCCCCUAAGUUCUGCCGUGCCGAUGCCCGACCCGUGACUCUGCAGCCCGCUUUUCCCCUGGGCAACAGCGACGGCGCCUUCGUCAGCUGCCUGCCCCUGGCCGCCCCUCGGCCCGCGCCUUCGUCCCCCGUCGCGCCUGUGCAGCCAUCCGCGCCUCCCGCGGUUGCGCCCCGGUACCCACCGUGCACCCUGGAGGGUGCCUACGAGCCAGGCGCGGCACCUGCUGCGUCGGUGGCAGCAGCCGGGAGCACGGACUACGGUUUCCUCGGGUCCGGCCCCGCGUACGACUUCCCUGGUGCGCUCGGACGGCCCACCGACGACAGCGGGGCGCACGUCCACUAUGCCGCCUCAGCCGUGUUCUCGGGCGGCGGCUCCUUCCUCCUCAGCGGUCAAGUGGAUUACACGGCCUUCGGCGAACCCAGCCCCUUCCCGGCAAGUCUCAAGGAGCCAGGAGAUGGUCCUCCUGGGGCUUUCCAGACCGCGUCCCCCGCCCCCGGCACCUACCCCAAGUCCACCUCUCCAGCCUCCGGCCUCCCCGCUGCGUUCAGCACCUUCGAGUGGAUGAAAGUGAAAAGGAACGCUCCUAAGAAAAGCAAACUCGCCGAGUACGGAGCCGCGAAUCCGUCCAGCGCCAUCCGCACGAACUUCAGCACCAAGCAGCUGACAGAACUGGAGAAAGAAUUUCAUUUCAAUAAGUACCUAACGAGAGCCCGUCGCAUCGAGAUAGCCAACUGCCUGCAGCUGAAUGACACACAAGUCAAAAUCUGGUUCCAGAACCGCCGUAUGAAACAGAAGAAAAGGGAACGAGAAGGGCUCCUGGCCACGGCUGCUCCAGUGACCUCCCUCCAGCCCCCGGUGGCAGGACCGAACACCUCCAAGUCCAGCAAGAACCCAGGGAGCCCUUCUCCGGAUCUGGAGGACCAGGCUCCGGGCUGA